AUCAAAAUUAGAUGCACCAAAAUGGUUUGAAAAUGCAUCACGUCGAAAUGCAUCAAAAUCCUUUGAAAAUGCACUAUCUCAAAAUCUGAGCGCAAGAUGCAAUCUGAGCCGCACGAUGCAUCAGAUCCAACGGCUAGAUUUUAUUCUCAUUUCUCUCCACAAGUGAAUAAUGUGCCCAUGAGACAUUCAAGGAAUGGCCUUAAUGGUGGUUAUCUGGGGUGGUGGUCCUACAAAACACAGGACAGUCCAUUCACAAAGUGCACCAAUCAUCAAUGGAUUGGGAACUGCAUGCCCACAAGAAAUGGGCAACCCAUGGCUCCUACAAACCUCAACUUAACAUGUGAAAAUGAGAGCAACAUCAUGCAAAUGGAGCAUCAAUUCAAGUCCACAAGUCUUAUGGGCAGUGAAAAAACCCGCAACGGAGAAAGCUCGUUGGCCCAGAAGAGCGCCCGAAGGAAUUCGGGCGAUCAAGUCAUGAUGAGGACGAACGAGUCCCCAAACAAUCAUUGUGUGUUCAAAGCAAAGAUGGCGGGUGCUCGUAAGACUUCCCCUCAGAGCUUUCCUACAAAUGUCAAAAACUUGCUGUCCACAGGUAUCUUUGAAGGUGUGCCUGUGAAGUAUGUAUCAUGGUCAAGGGAGAAAACACUUAAAGGGAUAAUAAAAGGGACGAACUACCUUUGCGGGUGCGAUCAGUGCAAGAUGCAGAAGAGAGUGAGUGCUUUUGAAUUCGAGCGCCAUGCCGGGUGCGAAACAAAGCACCCGAAUAGCCAUAUCUUCUUUCCCAAUGGGAAGUCCAUUUAUUCCGUAGUCCAGGAGCUUAAGGGAGUCCCCCGAGAAUCUCUGUUUCAUGCCAUCAAAACCGCCACCGGAACACCCAUAAACAUCAAGAACUUCCUUGCAUGGAAAGGGAUAUAGCUAGUGUGUGUGUGUGUGUAAGUUGCAUUGUUGUUGAAGGAAGCCUUCAAGUCUUUCUCAUGGCAUUCAAAAGUUGCAUGCAAAAGACUCAUUUAUGAACUUUUUUCUUGUCCCAGCCUAGUGAAGUAUUCAGCAAUAAAUAAUUGAAAGUUGGAACAUCAUUUAGUAAAAGAUAUCGUAAGAAAUUAAUUAAUACCGA